AUGGCCCGUGCUCGGACUCUGCUCGCCGCGGCCGCCGCGCUGCUCGCCGCGCUCGUGGCGGCGCGCGCGCUCCUGUGGGAGGCGGGCGGGGGAGGGCGCGCGGCGGGCGGGGACAUCCGCCUCGGCUCGGCGCCUCGCCUCGCGCUCGAGCCGCUUGGCGGGAAGCGCGAGGCGCUCGAGGCGCUUGGCGGGAAGCGCGAGGCGCUCGAGGCGCUUGGCGGGAAGCGCGAGGCGCUCGAGGCGCUUGGCGGGAAGCGCGAGGCGCUUGGCGGGAAGCGCGAGGCGCGCGCGUGCGCGAGGCUGCGCGCGGCCGUGCGCGUGCCCACGGUCUCCCGAGAGGGUCCCGGCGCAGCGGACGAGGUGGCGCUGCUGCGGUUCGGCAGGCUGCUGCGCGAGGAAUUCCCAGCGGUGUUCGAGUCAGAGCUGGUGACCCACGACCUGGUGGCCAACUUCAGCCACCUGCUGACGGUACGUGGCGCUGAUGGUGGGCGGACGCCCUACAUGCUGACUGCCCACCUGGAUGUCGUGCCCGCUCCAGACUAUGGAUGGGACGUGCCGCCCUUUUCUGGAGAGAUUCACCAAGGCUACAUCUACGGCCGAGGGACCAUAGAUGACAAGCACAGUCUCAUGGCCAUUCUGGAGGCGUUAGAGCUUCUUCUGCAGCGUGGGUUUGUCCCACAGAGGACCUUCUACAUUGGCAUUGGACACGAUGAAGAGAUCGGGGGAGACAAAGGUGCACGUAAUAUUGCAAAGGUACUGGAGUCCAGAGGAGUCAAGUUGGACUUCCUGCUGGAUGAGGGAAUGGUCAUCUUGGAUGGGGUCGUGCCAGGCCUGCAGAUACCAGUGGCCGUGGUGGGUGUGUCGGAGAAGGGCUCGCUCAUGCUGAGGCUGCGUGUGCGCACAGAGACGGGCCACUCCUCUAUGCCCGCCAAGGAGAGUUGCAUCGGCAUCCUCUCCGCUGCCAUCACGCGCCUGGAGAGCAACCCCUUGCCUCAGCAGUUUGGGUCUGGACCAGAAAGAGCACUCUUUGAAUACCUCUCGCCACAGUUCAACUUUCCGAUGCGAGUGGUGACGUCCAACCUUUGGCUCUUUGGCCCGAUUUUCAGCUGGGUGCUGGGUCAGAAGCCAACCACCAAUGCCCUAAUCAGGACCACAACUGCAGUGACUGAAUUCCACGCAGGUGUCAAGCCGAACGUGGUGGCGCCGCUCGCCGAGGCCACCGUCAACUACCGCAUCCACCCGGCUCAGUCGGUGAGCGAGGUGCUGCGCUUGACCGAGGAGAUCAUCGCCGACGACCGAGUGGAGCUGGAGGUCCUCUCCUCCAUGGAGCCCCUGCCUAUCAGCCCGUUUGACGAGUCUGCCACUGGCUACUGGACAAUCAGCAAAAGCAUCACGGACACCUUCCCAGACAUCGUCAGCGCCCCUGGACUCUGUAUUGCCAACACGGAUACCAGGCAUUAUCAGAAGCUGACCAGCGCUCUCUACAGAUUCACACCAGUUUGGAAUAAACUGGAGGAUAUUCCAAGGUAUCACGGGGUGAAUGAGAGGAUAUCGUUACAAAACUAUAAACAGACCAUUCAUUUCUACUUUAACCUUAUGCAGAAUGCAGACCAAGAGGAGCCUUUGAUAAAACACUUCCACACAGAAGACCUGUAAGGGUACAUCACCCCUUUGUGCAGGUUGUUGUUGCUGUUGGGAUUCAUUUUCUAAUUUUAAGCAGAAAACUCAACUGCUGAUCACUUUUUAAAAAAACGUUUGAAUUCACUUUGCAGUAGGGGUCUCAUGUUGGGAAAAUGUCUCUUGCGCCAUACUUUCUUUCAGAAGUGGUGGAUUUACAACUGAAAUGUCUUAAAAAAACUGUAACUGCCAAACUUUCACGAUUGCAGUGAAAGCCUUCUUUUCCACAAUAUUAUGCGUGGCCCAAAAUAGUUUUUUUUCCUAUUAUCGCCAUCCUAUGUAUGCUUUUAUGGGUAAGAGGAGUCACCAAUAUGUGGUGGCCAUGGGCCCUACAUUCAUCAAUUUAUUUGUGUUGUUGUGAAUAAUGAGAACAGCACUUGCCUGUGAAUGUGCUGAUGUCACGAUAGCGCCUCACAUCGCUGUGAAUCAGAAGCUGGGUAUCAUUGGCCGGAAAGUGGAGCUGACAAAGGUUCUUCAACUACGGCCGCAAAACUUUAAACUCACUCCCUUAUUUUCACUCCACUCGAUUGCUGCAACUCCCUCACGCUCGGUCUUCCCUCCUAUGCAAUGAAACCACUUAAACAAAUCCAAAAUGCUGCUGCCCGGAUCAUUUUUAAUCACCCCCUACCACUCCCACACACACCUCUCCUCGUCCAGCUACACCGGAUUUCAAAUUCCUCACUCUAGUUUACAAGUUUUUCGUUUCCCGCAUCUCGCUCUUCUCUCCUUCUCGUCCUCUGUAUUCACAAUCCCAGCUCUGUCCGUUCCCCCUCCUCCUCGUACCCAAUCACCAUUCCCUUCUUCCUCGCUUCUGGCCUCUUUACACUAGAACAAGCUGACCUGACGUGUCAAACAAUCAGCCUCACGGUCUAUUCAUCGUUCUUCCCUUAAAACUCACUCGCUGAUUUUCCCUUGCUUACCCAAACUCCCCUUCCCCCCUCCCUUCCCCAUCGGUAACUCUAUCCCUCUUCCCAACUUCCUUACGCAUUCAUCAUCAUCAUGACCCACUCGCUGUCACUUUCAUCACCGUUUAAUUCAAGCAUCAUCAUAUUCAUCAUGCACUCUAUCCUCAUUAACUCAUCGCAUCUCAUCACGCCGUUUAAACGUACAAAUUGAGAAUUGCUUGUUUAGCGCCUUGAUUAAGGCACUAUAUAAAUUAAAAUAAUGUAAUGUAAUAAUAUUAUUGGGUCCUUCGGUAAAGUCACGUAGAUAGGUUUUGUUAUUUUCUUUGAACCUAUCUACACCGAUCUUCACCGAAAGACCCAAGAAUAUGAAUUCCUGCAGUCACGAAAGCUUUAAGUCAAUAUAAUCACAAAAUAAUUGUAAUUUGCACUCAUGAGGCACCUUUCGCAGUCUCAAGUUGUCAUGAAUCAAAAGAAGAGAGGUAUCGGAGAAAGAGCCGGUAGGAAAAAUAAGAGCCAAAGAGAAAUAAAAAUGAUUUUUUAAUGAUGUUGGCAGUUUAUAAUUUAUCAUGGGACCUCCUU